GGCCUGGAUGAAAGCAGACUUUUGUUGGAUUUCACCAACAGGAAGCUUGUGUCUGAUGUCACACAGAAGUCAACCAUCAGUGAGCUGCUGACAAAUCUCAUCCAGGGGAAUCUGCUUCCCUCUGCUCUCAUCUGGAUAACUUCCCGACCUGCAGCAGUCAGUCAGAUUCCUCCUACAUGUGUUGACAGGAUGACAGAAGUACGAGGCUUCACUGAUGCUCAGAAGGAGGAGUACUUCAAGAGGAGAUUCAGAAAUAAAGAGCUGUCAAGCAGAAUCAUCUCCCACUUGAAGACAUCCAGGAACCUUUACAUUAUGUGUGGAAUUCCAGUUUACUGCUGGAUCACUGCUACAGUUCUGGAGCACAUGUUGACUACAGAGGAGAGAGGAGAGCUGCCCAAGACCCUGACUGACAUGUACUCACACUUCCUGCUGGUUCAGACAAAGAAAAAGCAAAAGUACCACAAGGGACAAGAGAUGAGUUGGCAAGAGCUCACCAGUGCUGACAAGGAAGUUCUUUUGAAGCUGGGGAGGCUAGCAUUUGAACAUCUGCAGAAAAAGAACAUCCUGUUCUACCAAGAAGACUUGGAGCAGUGUGGUCUGGAUGUCACAGAGGCCUCAGUGUACUCAGGUGUUUGUACAGAGAUCUUCAAAAGAGAGUGUGUGAUCUUCCAGAAACCAGUUUACUGCUUUGUUCAUCUGAGUGUUCAGGAGUUUCUGGCUGCAGUCUACAUGUUCCACUGUUACACCAACAGGAAGACAGAGGUGCUGCAGGACUUCUUUACUGAGGAUGAUAAAGGAAAGAAGAUAUCUCCAGAAGAUAUCUCAUCUUUGGAAGAUUUUCUGAGCAGAGCCAUGGAAGAAUCUCAGCUUAUUCCGAAUGGCCACCUUGAACUGUUUGUUCGCUUCCUUCAUGGCCUCUCUAUUAAAUCUAACCAGAGACUCUUAGGAGGUCUGCUGGGUCAGACAGAGAACAGUCCAGAAAUCAUCCAGAGAGUCAUCAAAAACCUGAAGGAGGUUAACAGUUGGGGCAAGUGUCCUGACAGAUGCAUAAACAUUUUUCACUGUCUAAUAGAAAUUGAGCACCUUUCAGUAAACCAGGAGAUCCAAGAGUUCCUAAAUUCACAGAACAAGUCAGAGAAGAAACUUUCUGAAAUUCAUUGCUCCGCUCUUGCACAUAUGCUCUUGAUGUCAGAGGAAGUUAAGGAUGAGUUUGAUCUGGAGAAGUACAACACAACAUACGCGGGACGAUGGAGACUGCUUCCAGCUAUGGUUAUGUACAGAAAAGCUCGACUUUAUGAUGUUUAUGUCUUUGGGGGUAACUGUGGAGCUUUGGCCUUAGCUCUGACGUCAGACCCCUCCCAUCUGAGAGAGCUGCACAUGAAAUCAGUGAAACUGGAGAAAGAUGCAGAAGAACUUUUUACUCAUCUGGGACAUCCAAACUGUAGACUGGAGAUACUCAGCUUUGAGAACAGCACUUUGUCAGAGAGGAACUGUGCUGCUCUGCUCAGUGCUCUGAAGUCCAACCCCCCCUAUCUGAAACGUCUGGAUCUAAUAGGAUGCAACCUGGAGGGCUCAGGGAUGAAACAGCUGUAUGAUUACCUGGAGAGUCCACACUGUAAACUACAGUUUAAAAGAGAGACUUCAGUUUAGAUGCUGCGCUGUAGUGAGUAU